AUCCCGCCUCCGUCUCUGUCCACCAGGAGCACCACCGCGCCGCCAUGGCCGCCGCCGCCACCCUCCGGCCGACCGAGCCGCUCCCUCUCCCGAGCGGCCUCUCCCUCGCGCCUCGCCUCAAGCUUCUCCUCACCUUCUUCCGCGCCGAUCUCUCCGUCCGCCCCGUCGACGAGUGGCAGCUCAAGUCCGCGCUCCUCGCCUUCCUCCGCGACCCGCCCCUCUCCCUCCCCGUGCUCCCCGACUCCGACCUCUCCGUGCGUAGCCUCCCCGACCUCCACAAGCGCCGGCGCGAGGAACCCGUCGCCUCAGGCGUCCUCCACGUGCGCGAUCUCUCCUUCCUCCGCCCCCGCAGCCGCAAGGGGGAUGGCGAGGCCGAGGGGAUGUCCCCUGAGCAGGAGGAGGAGAAGUACUUCCAGUGGAGGAGCUCCCUGGUCGAGAAGCUGGCCGGGAUCGAGCUCAACCUCGAGGGGGUUAAGUUUCAGAUGAGCGUCGAGAUCCCGCCCUCCGAUGACUUCCGGGCUAUGAAGAAGUCAUGGGAAAAUUUCUACGCGUCUGAGCUCCUCAGUAGCAGGAAUCCUGUGAGGAAGAUAGCAAAAAGGCCGGACACCAUUAUUCUCCGGGGUGUGCCAUCCAGGUGGUUUGCGGAGACGAGGAUAUCAUCGAAGGCCUCCACGCUGGUUACGCACACUAUUUUCUCGACACUUGGUAAAAUAAGGAACCUAAAUAUUUCUAGUGAUGAUGAAUGGGGAGCAAAACAAGAUGGAAGCAAUAAGGUGAUUAUAUCUGGACUAAAUUGCAAAGUGUGGGUGCAAUUUGAAAAUUAUGAUGACUUCAACAGUGCGGUGAAGGCAUUAUGUGGACGUUCGUUAGAGAAAGAAGGAUCACGGUUGAAGGUAGAUUAUGAAGUAAAUUGGGAUCGUGAAGGUUUCUUCCGUAAUGCCCAAUAUGAGCCUGUUCGGAACAAUUUGGAAGAGAGAGAUUCAUUGGCUCAGGGAAGGAAGAAACAUCACACAUCGAGAAUUGAGUCAGAUCAUAGAAAGAGAUUUAGGGAUUGAUGGCUAUAGGGCAUGUCGUGAUGAUGAGAUACAUAGUUCUGAGGAGAGGGAAAAUGUUUGUACUGUAUCAUUCUGCUUUUUCCUCGUUAGUCUAACAGUAAAGUCGUUCUGCAUUAGGUAGUAAUUACUAUUUGCGGAUGUCAGGAUUAACACCCAGAAAUCAUAACAAAGAUAGUCUUGCGUGUGAUUUGUAAAAGAACUUUCACUGUUGGCAUUUCAACAUAUGCUCAUUCAUUCACUAUUUAAUCACAAACUCAC